AUGCUCACUCGCAGAAGUGGGAUCGAUCGGGUUGCAGCGGCCGAGAUCGAAAUAUCGAAUAUGCCACAUGGCGGACCGAUCACACUCACCAUACAGAGUACAGGAGCGGCAAGUCGGGGCUGUGAGAUCGAGCAGGGAGGACGCGUCAUCUCGGAGCUCAGGGUCCAGAACGACAGAGAAGCUCAAGCAUACACCGACACCUACGUUCAAGCCAUCUCGACGGACUUCCCUCGUCGACAUCGCCAUCAGCAACUUCCAGCGUCCUCCAUCUGCCGUACGCCGCGGGCUCCUCUAUCCCGCAUCGAUCUGCAAGUGAAGCCGCAGCAGCGAGCCACUCUUGAUUCAAGUCAACCCAGCAUACUUCAGCCCAUCGUUCGAACCUAG